UCCCAUUCCUCCGCUCGGUUCUGUUGAGCUGAGAUCAGACGCCUGUGGAUCAGAGCGCGGAUCUCCAGCUGAGCCUCAUCACACAGUCGCACUGUUCGGAUAACAUCACGUUCAGCAAAACGCCGUUUAUGGUUUUAACUGAAGACUUCACAAUGUCUCGCACCGACGAGGUCCACCGCAUUACGGAAAAUGUCUAUAAGACCAUCAUGGAACAGUUCAAUCCCUGUUUGCGGAAUUUCAUCGCCAUGGGAAAGAACUACGAGAAGGCUCUCUCAAGUGUGACGUUUGCAGCAAAGGGCUAUUUUGAUGCUCUGGUGAGAAUGGGAGAGCUGGCCAGUGAAAGCCAAGGAUCUAAAGACUUGGAAGCAGCAGCAUGGGACGUGCUUUUCCAGAUGGCAGAGGUCCACCGGCAGAUUCAAGUGCAGUUAGAGGAAAUGUUAAAAUGCUUCCACAAUGAGCUGCUAUCGGAGCUGGAGAAGAAAGUGGAAUUGGACGCAAGAUACCUGACUGCGGCUCUUAAGAAGUACCAGAUUGAGCACAAAAGCAAAGGAGAGAGUCUGGAGAAAUUCCAGGGUGAGCUGAAGAAACUGCGGAGGAAGAGCCAGGGCAGCAAGAACCCCUCCAAGUACAGCGAGAAGGAGAUGCAGUACGUUGAGACCAUCAGCAGCAAACAGAGUGAGCUGGAUAGCUUCAUUGCAGAGGGCUACAAAACAGCACUUUCAGAGGAACGUAGGAGAUACUGUUUCCUGGUGGACCGCCAGUGCGCCGUGGCCAAGAACAGCAGCGCCUACCAUGGCAAGGGUAAGGACCUGUUAACCCAGAAGAUCCCAGUGUGGCAGCAGGCCUGUUCAGAGCCCAACAAGCUUCCUGAAAGGGCCAUGCUGCUCGCCCAGCAGAUGACUUCUGGUUCCAGCACCCUCCUCUCCAGCCCUCUGCACUCCUCCAAGGGCAACCUGGUCAUCUCAGAUCCCAUUCCUGGAGCACAACCCCUGCCUGUGCCCCCAGAACUAGCUGCCUUCAUGGGAAGUGGCCUUGGCCAUCAGGGGCGGCUAAUGGGUCCUGAUGGCAUGUCUCUGGUGAACGGGACAACAGGGGUUCAUGGAGACGACUACUGGACGGAUGGUGGGGUGUCUCAGGGAAGACCACCCUCUCCACAGAAUCAGUCUCAAACACAAGGCCAGCCCCAGAGACAGGUCAGCGACGUCUAUUCCAACACCCUGCCUGUCCGCAGGCCCCAGCCUGCUAAAAACAAGACCUCUGUGGGAGAAACACGAACUCUGCCCAGGUCAAGUUCCAUGGCCGCUGGUCUGGAGAAGAACGGACGUUCUCGCGUGCAGGCCAUUUUCUCCCACACUGCUGGCGACAAUAGCACCCUAUUGAGCUUUACUGAGGGUGACAUCAUCACCCUGCUGGUGCCAGAGGCUCGGGACGGCUGGCACUAUGGGGAGAAUGAGAAAAACAAGAUGCGGGGCUGGUUUCCUUUUUCCUACACCCGAGUGCUGCCUGACAGUGACAGCGAGAAGUUAAAAGUCAAUCUUCACCAUGGGAAGAGCAGCAGCACAGGAAACCUGCUGGAGCGAGAGGACAUGUCCUUACCCAUGCCUGACUAUGGUCUGACUGCCCGACUGUUGGCACAGAGCCUAACACAGACUCGACCACGUCCCUACAGCAUGGCAGGCUUCGUACAGCCAGCACUAGAGGAUUAUGAUGGGCUCUUAAGUUCCGAUGGCAAAUUGAUUUCGACAGUGUGAACACAGACAGACUAUCAGACAGAUCCGGAUAGCACAGGGGCCACGCCCCUACGUCCCUUAGCCCCUCCCCCUCUUAAGCUCUGCCUCCACACACUCCUCCUCCAAUGGAAGGGGCCAGUCUCAUCCCUCCUUUCUGUCCUCUCUUCCUCCCUGCGUCUUGCUGGGGUGAUAGUGGCAGUCGGGUGUGGUGGGUCGGGGGGGAUCUCUGAGAAGAACAACCGGAAGGCAGUCCAACUGCUCGUCUCGCUGCUUUACGGACUCUGAUUCGCCUGUAGUGACGCCGCUAUGACAUUGCCGUGGACUCCAAAGAGACUGCUUACCACUUCCCAUCUUUCAUGCAUGAGCACAAGUUUUGCUAUGUGGUUGUUUUUCAAAAUGACAUCCUCAUGUAAAAGCAAAUUUGGUCUUUUGGAGCAGCUCUUCUCAUUCCGAAGCUCUUGCUGAGUGUUUUUAUAAGCAGAUGUGAUGGGAGCCUCAUGGCAAAUGAGGAAUGUGUUUGUUUUUUUUUCUGUGUGGUUUAGUUGUGCAGAGUGUUUUUGAAGAGCAUUUGAGUUUUGUGAAUCCUUCAUGUAUUACCUGGUGCUCCUCUGGUCCAGAGGCUGUGUCGCUUGGUGCCGCAACAAGCUUAGAUUUUCCUCCGAUUCACCCAAGAAAUUGGAAUGAUUGGAAGGGAAAAUCGAAAUUUGCUCUCAUUAAACAAGUGCCAAAUAAGAGUGGUCCUAAGAAACUACAGUGAAGGUCGCAUGAGCUUCAAAAUCCUUGUGUGGGACUGUGCUGUUCGUCCAGACCAGCGUGGGUCCGCUCACCCUACAUGCAUGAAAGAAAAGUGCUCUGAGCAGAAACCUGUCCCCCACCAAAAAAAAUCCAAUUUUCCUGCCUCAGACAAUUUAAAAGGUUUGUUUACCCAAAAAUGAACAUUAACCUAUAAAUUACUCAUCCUGAAGUCAUCCUAGGUGUAUAUGACUUUCUUCUUUCAGACAAAUCUAGUUGGUGUUAUUUAAAAAUUGUCUUUGAUCUUUCAAGCUGUUUGAUGCCACUCAGCGGGUAAUGUACUGCAUCGGUCUAUGAAGUUUAAUAAAAAGCGCAUCCAUAAAAAAAGUCUCACACACCAUCGGGGGGUGAAUAAAGUCAUCCUGUAGCGAAUCUAUGCAUUUAUGUAAGAAAAAUACCUAUAUUCCAAGAUAUUCACUUUAAUCUAGCUUGCGCUCACAGUUUUGUAAACCAAGCAGUUCCAGGGGAAUGACGUAUGAGGUCAGCUUUGUACAUGCACUGCUCAGAAGUGAUGCACACAGAAACUAGGGAUGUAAUGAUUACCGGUUUGACGAUAAAUCAUGAUUAAAUUUCCCACGGGUUAGUAUUACCGUUUCAUCUUUUAAUUUUCAUUAAAACCAUAUUUGAUUACUGCGAUUUGAACAACUUGCGAUAAAUAAAUACUGUCCAGCAUAAAGCACAGUUUUCCAUAACCAUUUCACGUGUGCACAGCACGCAGGGUAGUUUUGUUUUGAGUGAAAACAGGGCAGAAAAACUGGAAAGUUUUAAAAGAGUACUAAGGAAAUUAUACAAAUGAAAAUGAAUUAAUUAUAUGAAUGUACCUCUGAAGGUUCCCACUGUCUUCAGAAACAAUUCGAUGGCAUUUUGUCUCCAACUUUGCUCCAUGUAAUACCUAAAGGAAGUGUUCGUAAUCGAAAUGCUGUUUUGUCCACGGAGGUUAUGGGAAACAGCUGUAAUUCAUCUUUUCCAUAAGCACCGCCUGCUGUCUGAGAGUGGAUUUACGGAGACCUAUAUUUACAUUCAGUUUGUGUGCAGCUUCUGUCUGGCCAAAAACCGACUGAAUUUGUAUGCCCUGCUGUAAAUUUUGACCAGUUGAUGCAAAACAAGUUUAUGUGGAUUCUACACAUUUAAACAAUUCAGAUAAGAUAUCUAGAAUUAUUUAUAGGGCAGAUAAAAUACAUAUAAUCAUUUAUUAAGCAAUUAUCAUUUUGACAUAUCUUUAUUUAAAAGGCUGAAAUGUGUGGUUUAUCUUUUUAUUAAACUUUUUCAAAGCUUUAUUUGAUCAUUUACAUUAAAUAUCUCACCAUGCUAUUAAACUGUUGUCAGUCAAGUUAUCAUUUAGAAAGCAGACAUCAUUGGUAAUGUUAUUGUUUUACUUCUCUUGGACUGAUGCAGUGCAACACCCACUGAGUGACAUCAAACAGUUUGAAAGAUCAAAGACCAUUUUUAAAUAACUCUAUACACCUAGGAUGACUUAAAGGGGAGUAAUUAAUGGGCUAAUUAUAUUUUUGUGUGAACUAACCCUUUAAAGUAUGGGAUCAGAAAAGUAUGGAAAUUAAUAUUUUGACGGUAUGAUUCACAAAUGUGACCUAAUUCACAUAAUUAGAUUUUCAAAUGUUCAUUUGAACACAAGCAUUUUUGUAUUCUUGUUUAUUUGUAUUUAUGUAGUUUUUUCAUCAAGUACAUCCUCUUCAGCCAAUCAAGUGAGAGUUAGAGAUCAAUGCACUGGACAACACUGAAAUGUUGAAAUGAAAUGCAAUGUGAAAGGGUCUUCAUAGGGACAGUUCUCUUAAAAAUUAAAUGACUGUCAUCAUUUACUCACCCUCAUGUUGUUCCAAAACCAUAAGACUUUGGUUCAUCUUUGAAACAGAGAAUAAGAUAUUUUUAAUGAAUCCUGAGAGGUUUCUGUCCCUCCAAGUAAGCAAAAGAACCAAAGUUUUAUGGCAAAGUUUUAAAUGACAGAAUUUUCAUUUUUGAGUGAACUACCUCUUUAAAUUAUGCCUUUGUGAAUAUAUACAUUUUAUUUUGUGAAUAUCAAUCAGGUCACACAUUUGUGUCAUAUUUUGGGAAUAUAUUAAUUUUAGCCUAGUAUGAACCCAUACUUAAAUGCCACCAGCCCACAUCUUUAAAACAUUCCCGUUGUAGUAUGUUUCCAUGCAGUUUUAGGAUGUUGACUGACAGAUCCUCUGGAGCUGUGGUGUAGUCCUCGCUGUGUUGAUGUUCUUUAGUUUCUUCUUCCUUUUUUUUUCUUUUUUUUUUUCUUUUGAAAAUAGACUUACUAGGAAAAAUGCACAAGAAAUCAGUGUAACAAUCACAAUAUGCAUGCUGAGGAGGAACAUAGUGAACAUUGACCUUGAAUGUAUGGUGACUUUUUACGAAAGGAAUAAAUAAAUAUCUAUAUAUUAAUAAAACAUUUGUUCAAACGAGCUUCUGAUGAUUUUUAAUUUGUCAUCUUGAAUUUACAAUUAUUGCGCUUCAAUGGGUCUUGCACAUCUACAGUCAACUCAACAGAAAAGAUCUAUUGUGAUAUUCAUUUAUAUUUUAUGAUGCUAUUUAUUGAUAAUCUAUACAUUUUAACCAAAUAAAUAUUGCAUGAACAAUUUGGGGCCAUUAAUGGCUAAUCUUACACACUGAACAACUUAUUCAGUUUUUUGGGGUUUCUCACUUGCAUCCACAUACUGACAAGGCAAGCUCAAUUGAGUCAUCCACAAAUAAAAUGUCAUCUUUUAAGACGGACUAUUAGCCAAUGUUUCACGAACCUGAAGAGCACACAGUUCUAAUCUAGCGUAAUGUUUGUGUAUUUUGUGCAUCAUGACGUCAUGUCUGUUUGAAUACGUGAAUGGUCCAUGUUUAUGUCUGUGCUUGCCUUGCCUCUUCUUCUUAUCUUCUAAGAUCUGAUCUAUUUGAGAUGCAUAAGACAAGUCAGUUUUAUAAGCAUGCAUUUUAUAUAAAGAACUGUGAAGGAUUUGAAAUUUAAAUGUGCUCUUCAAGAGUUCAAUGUUUUCCAUACACAUCUCUCUGUACUAAUUGGAACUCCUAACCAAACUGCUAUUGGCAGACCUUUCAUUUUGCACUAUAUUUUGAACCCAUGUCAUUUCUAGAAGUGCGUUAUUGACUCAUCUACGAGCAUAAAAUUGUGACGUCAUCCAUGAGCAGUCCAAAAAAAAAAAGCGCCAUGUCACAGAGCAAGUAACCUACAGUAUGGUCAUCGUGCGCAACACUAACAUGUGUCAUGUGAAUGCGGUGGAAAUGUAGCCAUGCAUAACCUGGGUCUGAGCUGAGCUCUCAGGUACAAACCCCUGGACUCUCUUUACUUUCCAGUUUGGGUCCUGAAAUGUCCCGGUUCUGAGUGUUGCAGGACCUCCGUAAGUCACCUGCCUCACCAUUGCUGCUCACCCAAACCAAUCAUGCCCUUUCUUUUAUUCUUUUGUUUUGGUUUGUUUUCGACUCUCAUUCGCUGUGCGGCUUUAACGGGCAGUAGGGCUUCACAACUGUUUCGUCUCAUACCGCCACCUGCCUCUCUGGUUGGUUUUUGUGUGUGAGCUGUAGUCCGUACCAGCCAGAGAGGUCAUAUGUUGCCAGGAAAUGGUGUUGGCGCUGGAGGUAACCCCGAAUCUAACUCUUGCAUGCAUCUAUCAAUGCUGACAGAAGUAACUUGUGUCUUGUUCCAUUUGCAUGCUUGCUCCAAACACCCUUCAUAUACUCUUCUCCAGAUACCUGUUCAUAAGUAUAUGUCAAAUGAAUCACCGUAUGCCUUUCAGCAGUACUUUUCUUCUAUAUCCCAAAUCAUAGUACAGUAGACUUUAAGCUGUUUUUGUGUCGUAGAGUUCAGUGGGUCACUAGCGCAGGCCGUAUUGUUUGGCGUACUGACUGUUUGUUUUCCACCCCCCUCUCCAUCUAGUGACCGUUCCCUGGAGGUCUACCUCAGGCCAAGCAUCAUGGACGGCAGAUCCGCACCUCUCUACUACUAGAGGGGCCAUGCAGUGGCCUGUGCACUUUGUUGCCCUCUUCUGUUCUGUAUGUGUCAUUGCAACAGCAUGUGGAGUCAGAGCCCACAGGGCACGGAGGAUAGAGCUUAUUGUGUCCUGAAAGGAUUAGAAUAAUGAUCUUAACUCUGUAGCUACAUAAUUAACUGUAUUUGUAUACACCAAUUCAUGUAUUUCAAAGUUAACAGCUUUUCUAAAUGGUUUUCUUCAUGUUAACAAAUCGGGCACAAACGAAAUAAUGACUGUGUUUUUGUUGUUGUUGUUUUUUGGAGGGAAAGUGUAUGCUUGAUUGUGUAAAUAUGAGAUCUUUUACUUGAAUGAAUGUGAAAAUGUAAAAGAAAAUAAUAAUAAAAGUGAGUAAUUUGGUAGAUAUUAUUUCUAUAACUGCAGUUCUAUAGGGAAGCCUUUCUUUUUCUGUUAGUUAUAAAUGUUUUGUGGCACAUGCCUCUAUCAGUCAUUUCAGAAAGCUGAUGAAACCUCUUCACAGGGGUCCUGAUGCUGUGGUCACUGCAUAUUAAACCCACCACAGUGCUUUGCUAAAGUUCUAGUGAUGCCUCUAUGAAUUCUCUGUCUUUGCAGAGAUCUGUACAGUAUUUUAGAUGCAAUACAUAGUGCAAUUUCUCAUGCAAGCAGCUGUGCCUUUUCCUGCUGUUUUGUGCUCACUGCGAUUCUGAAUAUCUGUACCUCCACUGGUGUAAUGCUUUUAUGUGAUAUUUUGUUGUUCCAUUUGAUUUUUGUACUUUUAUUUGCUUUUACUGUACUUUUUUUGUUCUUAGAAAUUUCAAUGACUGUUAUAGAUAGAUAUAUAUAUAAGGGGGUUUAUUUGUCUUCACGUGCUGCUUUUGCUUUUCCACAUACUGAGCAAUAUCGCUUAUUGAGUAUCAAAUAUAGACUUGUUGAAUAAUAGUGAAAAUAAUUAAAUUGCAAGUUCUGUACAUUUUUAUUUUUUGGUUAGUUUCUGUUUGAGGGACUGAAAAGCAGUAGAGCAGUAGAUCUAACAACUGAUUUUCUAAAUGUUGCAGGAAAAUACAAUAUCAGCCAGUUUAGAUACUGAUAGGUAUUGCAUGUUUUAUAUUAGGGCAUCUACUGUGGAUCAUGCAAGGAAGGCAGGGAAAAAAAGGAUUUUGUGUCUGAUCAGCUUUAAAACCAGUUUUAUUUUUGUUUUGGCCUUUGGGGUUUAUUCUUAUUUAUGGAGAACUGCAAAUGUAUGUGGACAUUCUCGUCUUUUCUGAAAUAAAAAAGCAAAUGUAAACUGCCACACUUUCAGAUUAUAUAGGGAUUUUUUGUGUUUUAACUUUCAUUUAACCUCAAGCUGUUCUUUGGAUCAUCAAAUCAUGCUGGAGAACAUAAGGUUUCUGACAAACUUGUGUAGUUUGAAUGCUGCUGUCAUUAAAGCAAAUGAAGGAAA